CUCCCUCACCCUCUCACCCCACGAACCCUAGCGCUCCCUCUCCCUCACGCGCUCCCUCUCCCCUCGUCUCCCACAUCGCCGCCGCCACCCCGCCGAUCCCAUCCCUCCCUAAUUCAGAUCCGACCCCACCGCCCGUGCCCACGAGCCACUACCUGCUCCUCCUCGCCUCCCAGAGGACGUCCGCCGCUCUUCCUUCGCCCGUCCCGGAGGCCUCAGUCGGCGCCCUCCGCCGCAGGGCCGCCGCGCUCAUCCCUCCCGCCGCAGGGGACAACAUCCGGCAGCGCCUGCGCCCGUAGCUGCCGGCCAACUACUUCGGCAACGCCAUCGUGCGGGACCUCGUGACGGUGCGCGUGGGGGACGUGCUGUCGCAGCCGCUGGGGUUCGUGGCGGAGCGGAUCAAGCGCGCGGUGGCGCGGGUGGACGACGCGUUCGUGUGCUCCGUCAUCGACUACCUGGAGCUGGAGUCUAUUGGUCCCCCCUUCGUCUCAAGCGCGUGGCCAUGGCUGCCUGCCUUCGGUCGCUGGCCACGGGGCUUCUCCAGCCGGCGCGUCCUCUCAGCGAGCGGAUCUUGCACCUCACGCCGAUGGUCUCCGUCGUCCUGGCGGAGGACUGCUACCUUCAGGGCCACUAUGGGUGGCCACUAUGGGACUGGCAGGAGAGGGGUCCCUUCCUUGCUCCAGGACGGCGGGACUGGGCAGGACGAGCACAUCGCGUCCGACGUCACCCAGCUGAUAGGGUGGACGCCGCUGAUCGAGCUGAGGCGGAUCGCCGGGAAGGAGGGGGUGGGUGCCCGCAUCGUCGGCAAGAUCGAGGCCUACCAGCCCCUCUGCUCCGUCAAGGACCGCAGCGCUCUCAGGAUGAUCGAGGAUGCUGAAGAGAAAGGGCUGAUUUCACCAGGUGUCACGACUCUAGUCGAGCCGACCAGCGGUAAUUUGGGCCUGGGAUUGGUUCUGAUUGCCCUAAGCAAAGGCUACAGGUUCGUCGCGGUGAUGCCGGGCCAAUACUCGCUUGAUAAGCAGAUCUUGUUGAGAUACAUGGGUGCUGAGUUGUUCAUAACUGAUCCAACACUUGGAUUCCCAGGAAUAACCGACAAGGUCGAACAGCUCAAGAAAGAAUUACCAAACGUACACGUUCUUAAUCAGUUCUCGAAUCCAGCAAAUCCUAAUGCACACAUCAGAUGGACUGGUACUAGUUUUCCCAUUGUGAAGGAAGGACAUGGCGGAAUGUGCGUGAUACUAGUGCAUCAAAGUUACAGUCUGCACCAUGUUGCUGGAAAAAGUUUCGGGUGCAGGACGCCAAGAAUUUCGGGUGGGAGAUCAAUGGGGACAUCAAGUACAACUGGAAAAAGUUGCUGGAAAACAAGCUGGAGCGGAUCGUCGGAAUGUCGUCUGCGCGGAGGCUAAUUUCUUCCAACAAGGAUAUGUUUGUCUUCUGCUGACCAUGCGCAUGAGCGUAUGACGACCUUGCCGACUAGUAGAAUUUUGGAACAUGAGCUGAAAAUCCACUGUUGACUAGUCUAGCUAAAACACAAGGGUUCCAUGGGGAUACAACAGCAGCAGGACGACCAUGACUCCAUCAAUUGCAACCUCCAGACUCGAAGGAGGCUGUAUGCAAGGCACCAAGGUGCAUGGUGCUCGCAAGCGACGAACGGAGGCUGUUCGACAUCGGCUACACAAACCACUAUUGAGCUCCAGGUCUAUGAAAUUUGAAGUUCGAAGUUGUAUAGCCCUACUCAGCAAAGAGCCGUAUAGACUGUAAAUAUUGUAAUAUUGUAAUAGUAGGCAUAUUUGGGUUGUAAUACACUAUGUACAGAUUGUGGUAGACUUAGUUGUAUUUGGUAAACUAUAUUUGUACGACUUAGUUGUAUUUGGUGAACUAUAUUUGUACUGUUCCGUCUGAAAUAUUGACUAUGUAUGUGAUUUGAAAACGUGUGGAAUGGAAACCUGACUCGUGGGACCCACUUAUGAAAAUAAUUUGAGCAGUUUUGAAA